AUGACUUCUGUUGGACUGGCCAUCAUGUAUUUUAACCUAACUCUUCCUCCGACUUUCUCCUACAUCAGUCCCGAAUCCCGGACAUAUUGUAAAGAAGAUGUUGAUCCAUGUGAACCUUCAAACCACCAACUCCUUGAUGACCCAUGGCGCUCUUCUAGCUUUGAUGAAUCGAAUGCAGAUUUUUCUCAUUGUGACGCUGCAAUUAGAGAGGCAUGGUAUCGACCUAUUUCCGGAGCAGGGGUUACCAUGCCUACAACAGAUCCAGGCCUGAACAAAUGUGGAACACAGUAUCCGAUAUGGAUGGAUGAUGUUUUACCAAACACGACUGAUAUAACAGACGUAAAAGUUUGCUUGAAACAUGUUUUUAUGAGCUGCACACAAACAUGGACCAUACGAGUGAAGAAAUGCGAGUCGUUUUAUGUCUACGAACUGAAACAGACCAGCCUUUGUUCAGCGGCAUAUUGUUUUGGUAAUGAAUUAGCUUGCCCUGAAGGAGAGACAUCUGACACAGGCUUUCAUCCUGGAUGUGGAGUCCCGCCAAAUAUCACACUGCAGGCUGUUGUAACACCUGGACUAAACACAACAACAGGCGAAGCAUUUGGAGCUCCCGUAAUAAUCAAGGAGAUACAAUUCCAGUGUGAUAUCGAUAGUGAUAAGGAUCUUACAGCAUUUGUGUAUGAUAUCCAGUGGUACAUUAACGAUAACUUGAUUGUGACACACAAAAACACACCCUACGCCAAUCUUACAGAGACCAAGCUACGGCAUUCACAAUGGAUACAGACAUUCACACUGGGAUUUUUGGUGAAGUGUGCAGUUCGCGCUCGGAAUGACUUAGACAGUUCGCCUGGAGCAUAUUAUCAUAGCAGUGCUUUUUAUGCAGGAAUAACAACUGAUGCGUCGGAAUAUAUGGUAUCAGAAGGUGAAAGCAUUAACAUUACACUCAGUCUGACGAUUCCAAUUGACUGCAGGUACCCAGAAUCUUCAACGUCAUCCCAAAUUGCGGAUUAUGAGGAAAAUCACUGUAAUGUGGUGAUCCGUGUGAGAACGCCAAAUUACUAUGAAAAUGGCCAACUCGCUUGUGCAACUGGUGGAGCAACAGACGAGCCAGUAUCCUUUGAGAAUGCCAAUUGCGGUGUAGUGUUCUCAUUCAGCAACUGGAAUGAACCCAGAUACUUGACUGUAUCUGGUUCGUCUGACAAUACCGUCACAGAAAUAGACAGCAGAACCAGUUUCAUCCGAUUUCGUGGAGACGAUGGUAUUUUUAACCCCGCAUGGAGUUUUGCCACGAUACCAGACGUCAAGGUGGUUGUGGAAGACCGGGACAUAGUGUUGAUUGGUAAACAGUGUCUAGUCUGGACUGAUCCAAAUGUCAUAACAUUGGAUGGAAGAUGUUAUUGGGGAUGGGGCUCGUGUAUUUGUGGUGUCGCAAUAAGGAACCAGGAUUCUGUUUUCAUUAUCAACCUAUGCCGGGAAAUGGUAGGACAAACGCCUUGGAUAAGUUCAGCUAAUGUCAACAGAUAUAUAGAGAUGAGAGCCUGUGAUGACACUCGUAUGACAGUCGAAUCAAGUGGAACAAAAUACACGAUAACACUUCCAUCCGGAACAUUGAUCACAAUAAGCUACACAACUGGAUCAUCAGUAUUUAUUCGGCAAUUUACUCUUAAACCCUCUCUUGCCGACUGGAAAUCAUCAGCCGGAAUGUGCGGAUUUUUAGAUGGAGAUAUCACAAAUGAUUUUAAGAAAAGGGACGGCACUGUUACCACCGAUUUUAUGGAUUUCGGAUUAAACUGGAGAUUCAAUGAAAUCUUGGAUGGGAACUCGCUCUUCAACGCAACCAGCUCAUUAUCAGAUAUAGAACUAGCACCAUUACAGUAUUGUAGAUGUUCGGUAGCUUCCGACAAUACACAGCCAUUCAGUUCAGAUAUACACUGCAACAUUACUUCGUUGAUAACUGCGUGUCCUGGACGAACGAGUUCCGCUGGCUAUGUACAACAAUGCGAUAAGGGUCGUAAAAAGCGGGAAACUGAUGACUUUGAAAUACCUAAAUUUGACGUUGUCUUGAAUGAAGAGUAUGCGAAUGUGUCUCAAAACUAUACAUGGACAAAUGGUUGGACAGAAGCUCUAGCGGCACAAGCAUGUCGGGAAACAAUGGAUGAUAACCCCAUGUUGAAUACCUGUAAAGACUAUGUAGCAGUGAUGAAUGAUGUUGUCGAGGAUGGAAUUAGAAAUUGCAUUAAUGAUAUCAAGAUAUCAGGAGAUACUGUCUUUUUGACAGACACGGUAGAGGCAUUGAAAAGCAGUUGUUUGGUGGAAGCGAAGCUUUUCGAAAAUUUAACAACACAUGGUUCGUAUGGUAAUAGUACUACGUUUCUGGACGAGUUGCUGCAAAUGAGUUGUCCAAAUAAUUGUUCAGAAAACGGAAAUUGUACCAGCGGACUCUGUAUUUGUCAUGAUGGUUUCUUUGGUUCCGACUGUUCAUUGGAACGUGAUUCUAUACCUGUUGUACUGCCGGGGGGAUCGACUUGUUCCAUCAACGAAAAGGCAUGCAGGAACUUCUUUAUUUCUGGAAGCAACUUUUUGAACCUAAACUUAACUUGCCGAGCUCAGCCGCUAAAGGUGUACGUUGACCGAUGGGAAUUAAGCGGUGAAACUAUGAUAUUCCCAGCGACGUAUCUAAAUGAUAUAAACUGUAUGUGCGUGAUCCCUGAUUCUUUCCGAAGUCGUCGAGAAGCUGAUUCUUCUCAAGUAUUUGGUGAAGGAUUCUUAGUGAGCAUUUCCAAUGACGGCAUCAACUUUAGCAAUGAUACUACUGUAAUAACGUAUGAUUCGACCUGCUACCAAUGUGACGCAAACAGCCUAAACUGUACACAACUGCCUUCCUCAACAAGUACUGAUUAUGGAGAUUCGACGUUUCAAUCAACCUCCACAGCAAUGCACAGUGUAACUGUGACAAUCCCAUCAACAAUUACUUCCCAAACAUCAAAUGAACCAUUGCAAAAUGAAAGCAAAGAAGAAAAUAUUGUAGAAGAAGAUCAAUCCUUGGGUGCCAUUAUAGGCGGUGCUGUUGCUGGUGUUGUAUCCAUCGUAGCUGUUACAUCAGUGCUGACGUACAAACAUUUCAAACACAAAAGCAAGAUAGGCUUCCCCAACGAUGAUAAUACUGAUAACCCGAACACACAGCCGGAGACAGCUGGUUUCGAACAUGGAAACCGUCCUGCCUCCGCAACCGGAAUCAACUUUCAGUUUAACGAUUAG